AUGAAUAUUCCAGAGCGAUUCAAAUGGGUUUCCACAUUAUUUGUGCACUUUUCGCUAAUUGUCGGAGUUGCAGCUUAUACGGUGUUUGGAGCACUGUCGAUGCAAUUCCUUGAAUCGCCGGAUCGAGUACGAUCUCAAAUCAAACGCUCGAUAUCAAAUGAUGAGUCGAUAACGAAACUAUCUGAGCGAUCAUCUCAAGUAUUUCUCGGCGAGGAACUUUCACAAAUCGAUCCCGAAAUUCAUAAAUGUGUCGAAUCGACGAUUCUCGCACUCUUCGGACGCACCAAUUGUGAUUCUUAUGAGCUCGAGCAUCUCAACAUCGACAUAAUUGAUCGUUGUUACAUGGAAGUCAACCUGGCAGGUUUUCGACAAAUUGCUACCAAAAAGCAAACUAAAAAAAUCGAGGAAAAAUUGAAUAACGAAACUGAAAUUUUGCCCGCAGAAAAGUGGUCAAUGGGAAAUUCGGUGAUCUUCGCAUUUACCGUAAUCACAACAAUCGGCUAUGGGCACAUUGCUCCGGAAACGUUCGAAGGCCGCUUAUUUUGCAUACUGUAUGGUGUAAUUGGUGUUCCGUUCACCCUUCUUACAAUUGCCGAUCUUGGAAUGUUCUUUACGCACGCGUUAAGAGCAGUAUUGAAGUUCGUUCGAAAUGGAAUUUAUAAAAUUCGAAAAUGUUUGGCAAAAAGGGAAAAAAAGAUUAUUCAGAGCUCAAGGAAACCAGAUGUUUGGGUAACUGGAAAAGGAGAAAAUAUGGAAACAGCUCGUGAACCUGGCGAAGAUGAAGUCGUCGAGGAAAAGCAAGGAGAGGAAGAGGAGGAAGAGGAGGAGGAAGAAAAGGAAAAAGAAGAACCAAGGAAAACUGAGGAAUCUGUGAUUCUCGGAAUAACAUUUGCCUGUUAUCUUCUGGCCGGUGCCAAGAUUCUUUCCGUGUACGAACCCGAAAUGGAUUUCUUCAAAGCACUUUAUUUCAAUUUUGUCACAUUGACAACCAUCGGCCUUGGUGAUUUCGUUCCAAAAAGCUUCGACUACCUCUUCGUGACUCUCGUCUACAUCGGAAUCGGACUUGCAUUGACAACGAUGGCAAUUGAGAUUGCCGCUGAUUUGCUCAAACAAAUCCAUUAUGCCGGAAGAAAAAUGGAAGAUGCUGCGAAUGCAGUGGUGUGGUUUGGCGGCAAAAAGAUGAAAAUGAAAAAUUUGGUGCAAUAUUUGGGCGAUCAAUUUAAUAUACCGAAAGAAGAACUCGCCAAUUUCGAUGUUACUCAAUUCGUCGAUAAUGCAAUGAAAGUGGAAAAAGGAGAAAUCGCAACAUUGCGGAAGCCGCCGACUCCAGUUGUAUUCCGAGAUCGCGCAUUCAGUUACAGUAAUCUUCGGAAAUCCAGCGAAUUGCAAUAUGUUGAUGAUAGUCGUGUUAGUAAAAUCACCGAUCUGACAACCGUUCAAGAGACUUCUCGGACCAUCGACACGUUGACAGCUUUGGUGAUCGGCAAUCGCGGCGCCGCGGGAAUCCCGCCUUUGGAUCUCGACAAUCAUUACUUUGAUGAGAUGUCCCCACGAAGCUCAUUCGAUGAACAAUAUAUGAGAAGUCGAAGAAAACAUCAAAGAUCAUAA